AGAAAGAUCAAAAAUGGGAUCAGUUUGGGUUAGUUAUGCACCGGCGAAGAAGGACUCGGAUGCCGACAGAACUCCGACCCGACCGGGAGUCGGCGAUGGCGAUGGCGAUGGAUCCCAUACUCAUGCUGUCGACAAACGGCAGCUGCUGCCGGUAAAUGAAGAUUUGGUACUUCAACGUUCGAGAAUCCUGACUCCGCCGUCGAUCGGUGACGGCGGCGGAGCUCAUGAUUAUGCAAUCGACGAUAGCCAACUGCCAGAGGAUGGAGCAUCGAGAUCCGAGCGCUCAGGAGCUCCGACUAAGCCACCGAUCAAUGACGAGGGUGGAGCUCAUCAUAAUGCAAUCGAUGAGAGCCAACCACCGGCGGAUGGAGCGUCUAGAUCCGAUCUCUCAGGAGCUCCGACUAAGCCACCUAUCAAUGAGAACCAAUCGCUGGCGGAUGAAGCCUCGAGAUCCGAGCUCAUAGGAACUCCGACUAAGCCACUGAUCAAAGACGGUGGUGGAGCUAGUCAUCGUGCCAUAAACGAGAGCCAACAGCCCGCCGAUGAAGCCUUGAGAUCUAAACGCUCGAGAACUCCGACUUCACCGCCGCCCAAAGACGGCGGUGGAGCUCGUCAUCAUGCUAUAAACGAGAGGCAACUGCCGACGGAUGGAGCCUCGAGAUCCAAACACUCAAGAACUCCGCCUCCGCCGCCAAUCAAUGAUGGCGGUGGAGCUCGUCAUCAUUGAUAUAUAUAUAUAUAUAUAUACAAUACUAUUAGCCUGCGGGACUUCAAAAACGCGCCUGUGCGCGACGCGACGAUCUGGCGCUGCAGACGUGGAAAAUCACUCUUAUUAACAAAAGCAAAAGUCCACGUGAAGCUUCUCUUCGCACAAGCCUCCUUGCACAAGACAGAAGGGUCGAAGCUAGGGCAAGGCGCGCGACUUUUCUUUUCGUUGGCUUCCUUCCUCCUCGCGCUGCUCACCUCCCCUUGGUCGCAACUCCUCCGAAGCUUCGUGAUCGUGCCCCUCACCGCCUCGCGCGAUCUCUCUCGGCACGAAGCUUCCAGAUCGACUUUUGCUGUUCGUUGGCUUCCUUCCUCGCGCUGCUCACCUCCCCUCGGCCGCAACUCCUCGAAGCGCCCAGAUCGUGCCUUCACCGCCUCGCGCGAUCUCUCUCAGCAACCCUCUGAAGCGAAGCUAGGGCACGAAGCUUCCAGAUCGUGCACCUCGCAACCUCGCGCGACCACGAAGCUUCUAUCUCCUGCCCCUGUGCGCGACCACCAACCCCUCUCUGUAAGGCUAAAUCAUCUUGUAUUACUCUCUGUGAUAUGGGGUAAAACUUGAAUGAUAUGCAGAAUUCAUGAUUUUCCCUCUGUGCGCGUCUCUGUUUUUGAAGAAACAAGGACCUUUGCCGACUUCAUGAUUUUCCCUUUUCAUGAUUUUCAUCACUAAUCAUGCUAUCAUUCUGUAGCUGAAAUAAAUGUCCAUUCUUCUUACCCUUUGGCUAAAAAUCUUACAAAACUGACUAUGAUACCCUUCUGUAG